AUGUUGCUGCUGAAGAUAGGAUAUGAUAUUUUCUAUGCAACAGCACUGGGGGAGACAGCACUGCUGGCUUUAUGCGGAACGACAGCGGAGGUGCAGCAAGAGCAGCAGGGUGUAUGUACAGCUGAUACCCCUGCUGCUGCUUCUGCUGCUGCUGCUGCUGCUGUGGCUGCGGACUCGGCGAUUCUGCGGCUGCUGCUGCUGCGGUGCGACGAGCUGGAGCAGCAGCAGCAGCAGCAGCAGCGCCAACAGCAGCGGUCUGCAGCUUUUUUUGGGGUGUCACCUUCAGCAGCAGAUCCGGGAGCAGCAAAGCAACAACAGCAGCAGGAGCAGCAGCAGCAAAACAAGCAGCCCCCUGUGUCUGACUCGACAGAGACAUCUGCGAGUUGCUGCUGCAGCACGGAGCAACAGCAGCAGCACCAACGGCGACAGACGCAGCAGACGCAGCAGACGCAGCAGCAGCAGCAGUAG